UCCACACAUGCAUUAUGGGAAAUGUAGUUUAUUAAACCUGAUUCCGUAUUCAAUAAGGCAGCAUGUGAACUACAAAUCCAAAUCUACUCCACACACGGAACUCGCAUUUCUUCGGUACUUGUAGUUUUUCUAAAAUGCUCCAGAUGUGUUUGCAGUAUGGGGGGAGAAAAAAAGUUUUAGCGGUCUGUUUUUAGCCCAAAUCCUACCGAAAAGGGCUAAAGCAAUGAAGGAAGUGUGAAUGUUUUUACAGUGCGCGCGAUGAUGCGUGCAGUCACAUAAAGCUACUCGGGUUUCAUCUUGAAUGAGGAAGGUGCAGCAGAGCUGCCAGGGAGACCUGCAGCGAUUCUUAGCCCAGCGAGGGAUCACAGAGCUGGGCAACAUCUGUUGAGGCCUCCUGUUUCCUCCUGUACUCCAUCAUGGCUACAGAGCAGCUUUUGAAGUCUUCUGGCCCCGCCCCCUUAAGCUCGCAGGUGCAUGCAGCAGCCGUGAAUGGAGACAGGAGCUCCUUACAGAGACUGAUCACAGCAGAGCCAUGUUUGAGAGACAGUGAGGAUCAGUUUGGCAGGACUCCUCUGAUGUACUGCGUACUGGCUGACCGCUUGGAUUGUGCAGAGACGUUACUGAAGGCCGGAGCUUCCGUCAACAAAUAUGAUCGCAGCAAGAGGACCGCACUGCAUCUCGCUGCACAAAAGGGCAAUGUUCGUUUCAUGAAGUUGCUCCUGUCGCGGCAUGCUAAUUGGCUGUUGAAGGAUCUUGAGGAAAUGACACCGUUGCACUUAGCAACACGUCACUCCAGCCACAAACCUCUCUCUCUCCUGCUCAAGCACAUGGCACCUGGAGAGGUGGAUACUCAGGACAGGAACAAGCAGACAGCGCUGCACUGGAGUGCAUUCUACAACCACCCUGAACACGUGAAGCUGCUGAUCAAACACGACUCGAACAUUGGAAUACCUGACAGCGAGGGCAAGAUUCCCCUGCACUGGGCAGCUCACAACAAGCACCCUAACGCCACACACACUGUUCGCUGCAUUCUGGACGCUGCUCCCACCGAGUCUCUUUUGAACUGGCAGGAUUAUGAAGGCCGGACGCCACUUCAUUUUGCAGUGGCUGAUGGGAACGAAGCGGUGGUUGAAGUUUUGACUUCAUACGAAGGCUGCAGUGUUACAGCCUACGACAACCUGUUUCGAACACCGCUUCACUGGGCCGCAUUGCUCGGCCAUGCACGGAUCGUUCAUCUGCUGCUGGAGAGAAACAAGUCAGGUAUGAUUCCGUCAGACAGUCAGGGAGCCACGCCGCUGCACUACGGAGCUCAGAGCAACAAUGCGGACACGGUGGCGGUGUUUCUGAAGCACCCCUCGGUACGUGACGAGCCCGAUCUGGAGGGCAGGACUGCCUUCAUGUGGGCCGCUGGGAAAGGCAGCAAUGAUGUCAUCAACGUCAUGCUGGAGCUUAAGCGAGAUCUGGACAUCAACAUGGCUGACAAGUACGGAGGAACAGCUCUGCAUGCAGCUGCACUCUCAGGCCAUGUAUCCACUGUGCGGUUGUUGCUGGAAAAAGGAGCCAUGGUGGAUCCCCUAGAUGUGAUGAAACACACUCCUUUGUUCCGCGCCUGUGAGAUGGGCCACCGCGAUGUCAUUCUCACCCUUAUCAAAGGUGGGGCACGUGUGGACUUGGUAGACACGGACGGCCAUUCGGCGCUGCACUGGGCAGCGCUGGGCGGAAAUGCAGAGGUGUGCGAGGUGCUGAUGGAGAACAGGCUCGGACCGAACCUGCAGGAUCAUGCAGGCAGGACACCGCUGCAGUGUGCUGCGUAUGCAGGUUAUAUAAACUGCAUGGCCCUGCUUAUCCAACAUGAUGCUGACCCCAACAUCCAGGAUAAAGAGGGGAGGACGGCGCUCCACUGGUCAUGUAAUAAUGGUUAUUUGGAUGCCGUGAAACUUCUUUUGGGAUGUGGAGCUUUUCCUAACCACAUGGAGCAUACAGAGGAGAGGUACACUCCUCUGGAUUACGCCUUGCUGGGAGAGCAUCAGGAGGUGACGCAGUUCCUUUUGGAGCACGGUGCUCUGUCCAUCGCUGCCAUCCAGGACAUCGCUGCUUCGUCUAUUCAGGCUUUGUACAAAGGCUACAAAGUGCGGCGAGCUUUCAAGGAGCGCAAGAACCUCUUAAUGAGGCACGAGCAGCUCCGUAAAGAUGCAGCCAAGAAGAGGGAAGAGGAGCGCAGGCGUGAGGCCGAACAGCAGCUCUCAUUGGCUGGACCACAGCAUCAUCAGAUCUCAUUGGUCCAAGUUGGUAGCGAGAGGCUGCCGUCGGCUGCUACUGAACUCAUCGGCGAGAUUAAAGACACCAAGCCGAAAAGUCACAAACAUCGAAAAUCAUCAAAGGUGCAUCGUAGCCAAUCACACGACAGGACUGAGAUAAAGCCAAAAGAGCCAGAGCACAUGGCUGAAACUCCAGACACCUCUCAGCUGUCUGCUUUAAACCUGCCUAUGACUCCUCAGAGCCUCAACAGAUCAGGCACAAAGACAGAUUUGUGCAUGAGCAGUGCACCUGAGGAGUGUUUAUCCAGGCCAGAGCGCCAUUCUCCAGCAGGUUCGAGCAGGCCAGGCAGUGCCAGACACACACACCCUGUUCAUUCGAGACCCAGGACUUCAGGUCGCGCUCCGGAAACCAGCUCUAAACCAGAGUCCAAGACAAGCCAUCCAGCUGUGGUGUCCCCUCCUGCAGCUGUCAGUCAAUCCAGCAGCUUUGUCUCAGUUCCAAUCCAAGCAGGACAGGAGAAGAGCAGAACGAGGGAGCCACGGGCCGAGGGAGAAAAGGAGAAGCCGUCCAGGUCCAAGAGAGAGAAGGUGCGUAGGGCUGAGAAAGAGGAGGAGAAGUGCUCGAGUUCUGAAAAAGAAGCAGAAAGAUUUUCAAGCAGAGAAAGAGAGAGAGGUUGGUGCAAAGAGAUCGAAAAAGUAAAACGAAUGGAAAAAGAGAAGGAGCACAGAAGAAAGAGUCUCCACAGAAGGAAUCAAGCAGCGAGAGUGCUACAGACAGCGUGGAGGAGGUUCUGUGUUCGUAGGCGCCUGAAAGAACUGUUGUGUGGAAACAUUAAAAGGCCCGAGACUGCAGAAGUCACUGCACUUCUGAUUCAGUUUUUAUGGGAGCGACCACUCCACAUCGAUAACACCCGCCAGAGGGCCAUUUCUAGAGCACAGUCACCGUCCGCUAAAGCUGCAGCAAAGAAAAGUUCAGUGCUGCAGAGUAUUUAUGGAGGAGCCCAAGCCAAAAGGGGACACUCUCUGAGAGCCGUGUCUGCUCUCAACACACACAGCCAGAGUCAACUACUGCACGACCUGCCGCUUAAGCCCACCAAACAGAUGAGUGGUGUGGAAUGUGUGCACUUACUGGACUCUCUGAGUCAAGCCAAGCAGUACUCCUAUCACCUGCGUCCUCAGAGUGCCAGCAGCCAGAGCAGAACCAAGGACUGAGAGCAACUCAGCAUACGUUCUACUUUAGAACCAUUUACUGAACCGUAUACACUAAACAGCUUCACCAAGUGAAACCAACAGACAGAAAAUGCUGUCAUCUGCUUAUUUAUAUAUUUGUGUCUGGAAACUGAUGGGGUCCAGGAUAAGACACCGGUGAGGUACUGAAGGACGUCAUGACAACCACACAGGUCAACGCUUAAGCCCACAAACACAUUAUAUGCAUGAGAUCACCUUUUAUCCUGAAAUCAACUGGUUAUGCACCUGUCAUACGGGUGACAUAUACCUGACAAGUGUAUAACAAGACUACCUGCACAGGAAAGCUUAAUGCAUGCUCAGGCAAUAUGAUGCAAUCUGGAUACACGUACAAGUGCAGAAUUUUCACCAAAACAAGCUUUUUUUUUUUUUUAAAACAAACCAAAAAAAAUUGCUGUUUUCUUUGUCCACAAGAUGUGUUUUUUUGUCAUUAUUGUUUCUGUUAUAAUUAUAAGGAUCCUGUAGAAUGGGUCACGUGACUGAUUGGUUUGAUCUUGGUUUCCUGCUUCCAGAGGGCAAAAAAAAAAGACUAUUGUGUACUUUACUUUUAUGUACAGACAGGUGACAAAUUAAAAGGAAAAAGCAGUGGUUCUGUCAUUUAGCGGCAUAGUAUAAAUGCACAGUUCUCUGUCCAAUCAUGUUUACAUAUUGUUUUCAUCAUUGACUUUUUACAAUUUUUUUUUUAAGUUGUCAGUUCAGUAAUUAGUCCAGAGAGCAUGAACGAAUGCACGUAAUUAACCGCAACGGGGAAUACGCUACAGAUGCGGCGAUGAUCACUUCUGCAACAGUCAUUUUUUGCUGAAGGUUUGGCAAUUCAAAUUGGCUGAAAUACUUUGCUCGCCACGAUCUUCAAGUGAUUGUUGCAGCCAAAAAUGCGUGAUUUUGCUACAUCUUGGCAUAAAAUCUGCAGUAAUUUUGAAAAAUCACAAGCUCCGAAUACUGCGGAGUUUCCUUGGUUUUGUGUUCAUUUCUACACGGACUGAUUAGAGGAACAUUAACUGCAAAUCAAUACAAAGUUCUUCUGACUGAUCACUUUUAUCCUGUGGUGAAUUAUUUUGAUCCUGGUGGGUGUGGUCUCAUCCAGAGUGACUCCGCCCCAUCCACAGGGCAUGAAGGCUCACUAAAUAGAAAUUUACCAUGCUGCCUUGCUGCUGUUGGGUCCUUGAGCUAGACCCUUAAUCCUCAAAUGCUCAGUUGUAUCCUGUCUCAGUUGUAAGUCGCUUUAGAUGCACAAUCGGAUAAAAGCAUCAGCCAAAUGAAUUAAAUGUAGUGCAAAUGCUACAGCCUUCAGGUCACAAGAUCUCAACCCAGUCGAACACUUAUGGGGGAUUUUGGAGCCGUGUUAGACAGUACUCUCCAGCACCAUCAUUGAAACACUAAUUGAGGGAAUAUCUUUUGGAAGUAUGGUGUUCAUCUCUGCAGUACAGUUCCAGAGACAUGUACUAUACCAGAAAGCUGUUCUGGCAGCUUGUGGUGGCUUAACAUCUUAUUAACAUGCUUUGUAGUUGUUGUUUUCUUUAAUUUGUCCCCCUUCUGUAUGCAUGUAUUAUAUAUUCUAUAUAAUUAUAUUAACUGUAGAUAGAUUUGAUUGUAUACUCCAUCCACACAUUCAUAUUUGUAUCAAGUCCCGUUAUUUAUUCCACAGCUUUUUAUCGUCAUUUGGUGAUUUGGCUUUGUAAAAAAAAAAACAAAAAAAAAAAAAAAAAAAACUUUUUCAUACUGUUGUCAUAACGCUGAAAGAUGCCUCACGAUGCACGUUGUGAAGUUUUUCUGCACAGCAGCUGCCAGUGUUUUAACUUUAGGCUUCCACCACAAAGACCUCCGGGGCUUUAGGGUUAAGCUGAGAAAUGCGUUAAUUACAGGAGUAAAUGAAAGGCCUGCAAUGUCAGUCUGCAGCCACAGGCUGAAUUCCCUACUAACAGAUGUGCCCGAUUCCCCGAGUUAUCAAUUUCCAAAUAGUUGUGAUGUUUCCAUUUGGUCGUAAAAAAUUUUCAGUAGCCUUCUUGUAGCAAUUACUGAAUUUUUUUACCAAAUCGUUGCAGAGUUUGAACACUUCUGAUCAUCAUUAAUGAAGAACUCAUGGCACGUCGGUUGUCGAGCGGUUGCUAA